GGCGAGUUUGAAUGGUGGCAGCGGUAGCGGCGCGGGGCGGGCUCUGGGCUGAGCAGGUGAUCUCAUUUCCACGAGACAGCUGCGGUCAUAGAGCUCUUAAGGACUGCUGUGAAGGUAACAGCAAUCUGUACUUCAUCUGGACUAGACAACUGUGUUUGUUGUUUUUUUUCCCCAAGGUGGAGUCAGGGCGUAAAGGUUAAGUGAAGCUUAAAUGGACUUCUGAAGGAAGAAAAAAUGGAGACAGAGACCAUUUUAAAUCUUAGACAGCAACUGAAAGAAGCAGAGAAUGAGCGAAGAAAGGCUGCACAAUAUGGCUUACACUUACUGGAGUCUCAAAAUGAAAUUCAAAAUCAGUUGGAUCAAAUGCGUCGUGAAUUAACGGAGAAGACUGAGAAAUUUGAACAAGAGAAAUAUUCUCUUCAGAGAGAAAUCGAACUUAAGAAUAGGAUGUUGGAAAGCCUGAGUUUUGAAUGUGAUGCCCUCAAGCAACAGCAAAAUUUGCAACUGGAUAAACAGAAAGAACACCUUGCCAGAGUUCAUGGACAAGAAGUCAAUGACCUUAAACACAAGUUGGAGAACCUGAAGGCAGAACUAGAUGAAACCCGGCUCUCUGAGAAACAAUUGAGACACAAAGUGGACUGUCAGAAGGAAAUAAUUGCAGCCAAAACAGAAGAGCUACACAUGAUGUCUGAACGUGUGCAUGAAACCAUGUCUUCAGAAAUGCUCAAUCUUCAGAUGGAGCUCACAGAACUAGAAAGUGUGAAGGCCAAUGUUGAAGAAAAGCUGAAUGAACUGCAGUACAGCAAAGAACAACUAGAACUCAUAAAUAGUAACUUACGUAAUCAGCUGGAGCGUCUACAAGGAGAAAAAGAAGAGAGGGAAAAAGAAGUUGUUUCUUACUGUAAUGCACUAGAGAAAGCUCGUGAAGCUAACCAGGAGCUUCGGGUUCAGCUGGAUCAUGUGGUGCAGCAAUCUUUGGACCCUACAAGUAAAGGCAAUUCUCUCUUUGCUGAGGUGGAGGACCGUAGGGCAGAAAUGGAACGGCAGCUGAUCAGUGUGAAAAUAAAAUAUCAGUCACUACAAAAACAACAUGCAUUCACUAGAGAACAAUUGCAAAGAAUGAAGCUGCAAAUGGCUACCCUGCUACAGAUGAAAGGUUCUCAGGCAGAAUUCGAGCAGCUGGAACGCUUACAGUCAAUGUUGGAGCAAAAGAACGGUGAAAUAGAAGAUCUUCUUGUGAAAGUGAGGCAACUAGAAAAAUUCAAGACUUUAUAUGAGAAUAUGGAAGAAUGUAGAGCUAGUACCAGCUCAAAAGGAGGAGAGUCUGAAGAUGGUUACUAUGCAGACUUGCUGCAAAUGAAACUCGACAACUCAAACAAGGAAACCGAAACCUUGAAAAAUGAGCUAUCUUUGCAGAGGAUGAAAGCUUUGUAUGAGAGCCAAAGGGUUCUGGAAGUUGAAAGAAAACUCUUUACAAAUGAGAGGCAUUUGCAAGCUUGUCAGAGUGAGAACAUGAAUUUGCGAGUUAUGCUGGAUGAAUUAAAAAUGAAAUAUGAACCUGAAGAGUUGCUCAAAGUCACUAAAAUUAAAAAGAGAAGGGAGAAGAUUCCAGUGGAUGCUACUUGUGAAUAUUUAGACAGCAAAAAUACCUCAGUGGAUGAGGCUCCUCUUACUCAUCUUCCAAGUAAGGAAGAAGCUAAGAUGACUUCAAAUAACUUGGAGCAAAUUGAUUCUUCAUCCAGAAAACAAGCGCUCGAAGCAUCACCGAUCAAUAUAGCUCUUCAAUCAAUGGACAAAGUAGUUGAACCUGAAAGAGAAAGAAAGAGAGUUAAAACUAAGGAUGACGGUGUUGACACCUGCGCGUCAUACAGCAGAGGUGGAAGUAAUUUUUUGACUUCGAGUGCCCCCAGGUCAGUGUCAACUUCUGUAUACGGUCAAGGCAAUCAGCACAGACCUGCAUCUCUUUUCUUUCGCUGCAUGAACUAUGCUAUCCACUUGUUUAUCUGUUUCCUCAGUGUUGCAUGCAGUGUAAUCCCUAAGCUUCGGCUGCCUACCUUCAACCUCUCAAAACCUUUUAGGAAGACUAAAAUGGUGCUUUUUGAAAAAGACUCUUGAAACUGUAACUGUUCUUGAAAUAAUGUUAAGGUUAAAGGUGUGUAUAUACUGUUACAACUCAGUUGUUUUGCUUUUCUUUUGAAAAUUGGACUGUUUUCUGUCAUAUAACUGCAUUGCAUCUUAAGGUUAGAAAGAACCCCAAACAAUAGGUAUCAUGCUUCAGUUUCAUACCUUAUUCUAGCCUUCCUCAAUUUCAGAUUGAGGUAAAAGCCUAAAAAAAGAAAAAAAAGUAAUUCUUAAUUCAAAUAAAGUUAACAGAGCUUGCAGUACAUAAGAUUAUAUGUAAAUUGUGCUAUGAAUUCAUAUUAGCAGGCCACUGACUUUGCUAACCUGGAUGCAUGAUAACUUGAAAUGUAACUGCUAAAACUGAGAUUAAGCUUUUUUUGUAAAUGGAGAAUGAGGUUACUUUUUGUUAAAGUGAUUUAAGACAAUAAUUAGUGAACUUCUAAAUCCUGAUAGAAGAUGCUGUUUCUUUUUUCCCCCUCAAUUCCCCUUUGUCUCUGUUUUAUACUCGUUAUUGUAAUAAACAUAGUACUCGGGGGGGUAAUUUCUGAGAUACUUUAGGUGCUUUGAGCUUAUAAAUUGAUAAUAUUUGGUAGCAAAAAUAACACUUUUGUGCUUCCUGUGUUUCCUACCCGCUUUCUUCCUGGCUUUUUUCAACUUUUAAAUUGAUUGCACAGUGAUUUUUAAAUUAAAUGCAUGGUGAUUGUCCAUGCAUCUCUAAUAUGAGCACAUAAGUACUUUAAAUUUUUCAGGGAGAAAGCAAUAGAGUGUUUGUCAGGAAUACACUCAUAGGGAAGAAAAAAAAGGUUCUUUCAAGCAGCUUCCUUAAGGUUCAUUUUCUUUGGCUUUUCAUGUAAUGCUGAUAUAUAAGGCUGGAGAAAAAAUAAUUACUUGAGAACCUGGAGCGUCUUAAUGCAUAAAGCAUCCCAAUCUAUAAUUGUUUUGUCUGUCUGUCCCACACAAUCAAGCUUCCAUAGUUUUUAUCUCCCUCCUUUAAUGUGUAUUUUGGCUGCUCUUUACAAGAUUACUGACUGAGUUCUCCAUAGCAGUAGCUUUUUUACUCACAAGAUUCCAUGAACCUUCCAAUAAAGCCGAGAUGUGCCAGAAUAUUUACUCUGUUUUUAGAUAGUAAGUUUGUGUUUUGUAUAUAAAAAGCUUUCUUGGUAGGUGAUUUGUUACAGGACAAACUGGAGAUGCUUGACAGUAUCAACAAGAAACUGUUUCCUUACAUUCUUAAAAAUAACAGUGUAACUUGAGUUGGAGUUUAAAUGUGUUGAUUGUGAGAAAUGAUGUCUUGAUGCUCAAUGUUCAGAGGGCAUGUUUGUUCCAGAACAGCCUGAAACGUGGUUUGAAACAAAACUGAAGAAAGCUUAAAGAUUGUCAAGGGUAGCAGGGUAGGACUGUAUCUCAUGUUGAGGGGAAAAUGUUCAUGUGAAUAAUAUUUCAGGUCCUAUCAACAAAUACCUUUCAGACCAGUUUGUGGAAUCUAGAAUGUCAGCAGCUUCCAAGAUGGAGAAAGGCCUGCUGCCUGAGUUCUGAACAGUAGAUACAAAAUAGCAUUCAGGUGUAGUUGAUUAUUGUGACUCAGAUCAAUUGUCCAUGGCUGUGCUGGAUGUAAUUAAGAGGUUUAAGGGAAGUGCACAGUUCUUCAGUCUUCUGAAGCAGCCUGCAAAAACUGUGACUGAACAGGCUGUUGAAUUGGCUACAUCAGUUUAUGCAGGGACCCUUCCUGAACAGAGAAGAGCAGAGAGGUCAGGCACGGGUGCAAAAUGUUGAGAGAGAUUUGUGGUGUUCUGUAUGCAUGAAGGAACAAUUGUGUAAACUGGGUAUGAAAAUGUAACUUUAUUUUUUAAUAUUUUUCUGAAGAAGAUAAAAUGUCUGCAAGCAGUAAAUUGUUGGAAAGGGGUUAUGUGAACUGAGGAGGUAAGCCUCUUCUGAGCUGGAGGGGGAUUGAGGAAAGGAAAAUGUUUUAUGGCACUGAUGUUUUGGGAGCAUAGGAAAAGUGACAGAAGAUGAAGCUAUAGUUCAGACAAAGGUUUUAAUCUUGCACACAUAAGGAAUAAAAUGUAAUAGGGGAGGGGGGGAACAUCUUUCCAACCCUCCAUAAAUCCACCUCCACAUCUGGUUUUGAAAUGAUAGUAGAGUGAGUAGAGGGUAAAUCAAGAAAGAAGAUUCUGGUCAUGUUUGACGUCAUAUCAAUGAAGUAUUAAAUCCCCAACUAAUGAUCUUAAGUUACCACUGAGCAUUUCUUAAGCACUAACCUUUUAUGAUAUAUUAAGUAGGAAAUCUUGAUAAAAUCUGAGUAUUUGAGAAGCUAGUUUGCUAAAAAAAUCUUUAGACUUAUGUGAUGCAUGUGGGUAAAACCCAAUAUGGGGUCACUGCUAAAUGGAAGGGAGCAAAAAGUGUGGGCAAAGUGAGCAUGAAUGUGGACCUAAAUAUUGAGCGCUCGGGGGAAAGGAGAAAGUGUAAUUGGCACUUGCAUAGUUGGUGUUUGUAUGGUUGGUAAUUGUCAGCAUUUCAGUGUGCUGAGGAAAACAUGAUGCUCUCUCCAGAAAGGCUGAUGUGGUUGCUGGGAAUAGUUUUUGGCACUGAAGGAGUUUUUGUGCAAUAACGUGGCAGUGUGUGUUACAGUUGCAUGGAAUGGGGCAUUGAGAAGAGCCAUAUUACCCAUGGAUGGGUUGCAAACUUCAUUCCUAGGAAAAGGUGUUAGGAAGGUGUUGUCAUCCUAAUUUAGGAGUGAGAAAGAAGUAGCUGGAUGCUCAGAAUGUACUGCCACUGGGAGAAAACUUCCUUGCUUGCUAACCACAGUUCCAGCCUGCUGUAGUGUGGGCUCUCUGCGGGUUGCAGCACGAAUAUCUGCUCUGAUAUACUCUGAGCAGCAAGAGAACAGCCUGCUUCCCUGCAGUUGUUUUUGUGGGCUGCAGGGGAAUCUCUGCUCUGGUGCUUAGAGCAUCUCCUGCCCCUUCGUCCUUACUGGCCUUCGUGUCUGCAGUGCUGAUUGUGAAGUUUAUUCAGCUCUUCUCUCCUGCAGUUGCUGUGCAGUGUUUUAUCAUUCAUGUUUUUUCAGAGGUGCCACCAGUGUUGCCAGUGGGCUCAGCACUGGCUGGCAGUAGGCCUGUUCUGAAGCUGGCUCUGUGCAGAGUGGGGCAGUCCCUGGUUUCCCCCUUGAGGUUGCUCCUGCAGCCCCUCCCCUUCCCUCACCGUCACCUUGCCACAUGAAUGCAGUGCACAGGCUUACCUGUUCUCUCAAAUUACUUGUGGUUAGCUUGCUUUUAACUUGGAUUAGUAUUUUUGUGUCGUGGCUACUCAGCAUUGUAAUGGUAACAAUAGCAAGGUACAGUUAGGGGUCAAGGAACAGAAAGUUAGUAGCUUCUUAGGAAAACAGUCCCAUCAGGAGAAGCCCAUGAAGCUACUGGAUUCUCUUCCUUGUCAACUACUGAUCCAUGAAAUUAAUAAUACUUCUUUAGAGGGAACUGUCUGUCCCAUUAUAGUGGUUUGUGAAAUAAAAUCUUAUACUGUAAUGCUUAAACCUUAAGUAUUAACUUCAGUCAGUGUACGCACUUUGACUGUGACUCAGUUGUGAAACUUGCAGCCAAACUGCUGUGGUAUCAGAUAGUCUGUAGAAUAUGACUUGAGCUUUCUUGAGGGAAGUGUGGGGGGAGGAACACUGAAUUCUGUACUCAAGCACAAGAAUUGGACUAUGUUAGAACUGAAAAAUAAGAAAUGUCUUGUGAUGCUCCUGAGAAGCUGCUAGAUGAAAUUCCCAAUGAAUUUGGUGACUUGAGCAGUCAGCAGAACAGUCCAGGUGAGAAGUACAGGUGAGCGUAUGCUGAGUAGUGUUACUUUUUAUCAGCUCAUUGCACCUAAUGAGCAGUUCUGGUUGUAUCUUCAGGAAAACUGAGAGUAGAACAGUAGCUUUGAAAUGACGUGAGCUGUUCCACAGGUUACAGAGAGCGUUAGCUUCCUCUAAAACCUUCAGGUUAAAAAUCUCAGUCUGUAUCCUGAUAUAGUAGGAGUUUGGUUAAGGGAAUGCAAAGUCUCCACUUCAGUAGGUUACUUAAUUUUGAAUGGUUGUUCUUAAACUGCUUUUCAUCAUUGCAAGCGUGUUUCAAGGUUAAGUGUCUUUAUAAUGUUUAUUGUAGGAACAUAAAGCAUCUAUGCCUAAGUAAUGUCAUGGCAUUAGGAUGAGAAUGUUCCUCUUCAGAGUUCUUUGCAUUGGAGACAAUAUCCAUUGAAAUCUGAGUUAAUGCAAUUCCGAUAAUUUUUUUUACCUGUAGUGGGGAAAAAAGCCAAACACUCUGGCCUGUAACUGUGCAUGGAUUUCGGUGAUGAAUACGUAACUUCAUGCCCUACUUGUUCACCUACUGAAGUAUAUUCCUUAAUGUAUCUUCAAUGUAGACUUAAAUUGAGGUAUUUAGUGGGUGGUGUCAAAAGGAUUAAAUAUGGAUUUUAAACAUAUUUGAGGCUCCUGGUAACAGUGGUAGAGGUGUUUCUAUGAUAGGUAGCAGUCAUGGUUGAGUGUAUCAGAAGAGUAGGGGAGUUUUCUGUGAUGUAAGAGAUAUUUAUUGAUGUUGUCUUCAUGUUCUUUAUGUAGCUUGCAAAAGUACCUUUUCCAAUAUCACUGCCUGUCUAGGUAGCCAUUGCAUCAGACAUUGUAAUAGCUUGAUGUUGGGUUGGCAUCUCAGUGAACCAAGUGGGGGAACUGAUCUAGCUGCUUGGUUUCUGUUUCCAAACCAUAAAAAGGGAUUCUGACCCAGAGAACACGGAGUGUUGAGGCUGUAGUUGGGUUUGUUUGCUGUUUAUAAAAACAAAAAUGCCAAAGCUUGGAGUCCCCAAAGGGGUAGUAGUAUAAAAUGCUACACUUGGAAGAUUGCUGGGGGGAAAAAAAAAACACAAAACCAUUUUUUCAUAAAUAAAUAAAAAUUAAAAAAGAGUGGGGAGAAAUAGCUGUUUUUUUUUUUAACUCCAUAAGCCUUAACAGCUGAAUGUUGUGUUACUCAGUUAAUUUUUGGGGUUUAACUGAAUACAUUUAAUCAUCGUUUCUCAUUUCUGUAGCUGCCCGUAGACAUAUCUAUUACAACUUGUAUGAGCAGGUAACUGAGCAUUUUAAGUAUAAAUAGCUACAUUUUUCUCUCCUGUUCAAAACUGGCAGCUGUUCAGUGUUACUGUGAGGCAAUGUAAUGUUUUCAUUGUGAAUUGGAUUUGCGAAGUUACUUCACUUCAUCUGCGUUUAUUAGAUAACUCUGUUAAAAGAAACUCCAGCUGUGCAGCUUUGGACCAUAUUUACAGUUCUGUUUUUAUAUGGCCUUUUCAUUUGCUUGAAGACUUUAUUUGUGUGUUAGUUGGUUUGGGGGAUUUCUUUUUCCUUUUAUAUCACAGAAUCACAGAAUUGCUCAGGUUGGAGAGGACCUUAAAGAUCGAGUCCUCCCCUUUUAUAGGAGGUUCUUGCUAGAAAUUGUGCCUGCUAGGCAGCUUGGGGAGGUGGGGGGGGCUUUGGGCAGAGAUCCUUCAAUAUGGAAGAGAGGAGUGGUAAAUGAAGAGAACCUACCAUAGGAACAUGGUUGGUCACAAAGUAUCUGUCUCUAAUUACAGAUGCUAGUGAAGCACAGGCUGAAAUGCGGAUUAAAUGCUAACCGAGAGAUAAUUACUAAGAGGAUGUUUUCUUCUUACUUCUUCCCUGUAUUGGAGGUUCUUGUUGUGGUCAUGCACUUACUUGGCUACUUGCAAGCUGCAGCACUUCUAAAAUGGAGUGGCUGGUGGAAAGCUGAUUAUAAACAAAACAGGGCUCCCCAUCAGAGUUACAGGUGUGGGCUUCUUACAAAGCAAGUGCCAGAGCAAAUGUAGCUGACUUAGGGGAGAUGCGCAACAAACCAUGCUUGCUUUCUAAUGUAUUGAGGCAGUGCUUAUAGGAAAUAAUGUGCAGGGAUGGGACAACAUUAGAUUUGUAUUCACAUGUAAAGUGAUGUUAUGGGAAGUCACAAAUUAAACUUGUUUUGCUUUUGAAACAAUAGUAGUCAAUUUUUUUGUAGGAGAUUGAGAAAAUAUUGCUGUAAAUUAGUUUUAAUGACAUUUGUAUGCCUAUUAAUUAAAGCGUGGAAUAGUUUUGAGGUCUAAAUGCUUUUUAACUCUUAAACAGUACUGUGGCAAUUGCCAUUGUAUUCCCACCUACAUUCAAAACAGAAUUAAAACUAAUCACUGGACAAAUGAUGUAAUGUUGAGCCUGAAGAUAAACUUCCCACUUCAUGUUUUCAGAUCUUCAGGAACUAAGAUAAAGCGGUAGUAAUGCAAACCUUGGUUGGAAACCAGGCCAUUGCUUUUUGUGGAUUCUUUUUUUGUACUGUUAAUACGAGCGCUCAACUUUAUCACUGUGUGAUGUUGCUGGGACUUGUUUUCACUUGGAGAUUUGAUUUCAUGUGAUGUGAUUUCCUUUGCAUAUGUGGCACAAUUAAUGUGUUUUUCUUCUUAGAGGCCAAUCCCAACCACUCACCAUUUUCAAUAAGCUUUAUUUGCCAGAUACUGCAACAGAUAAGAGGUUAAAAAAAAAAGCAAUAUUGAAGUUACCAAAUGCAAGGAGGAAUUCUAUAAACGCUAUUUUCCCCUCUUGUUUUCUUCAAACACUGCUUGCUCUGUAUUUGCAUGUGGAUGCUCUCUCUGCUGGUUGGCUUGCUCAUUUUUGCUUAGAUCUUUUAUUUUAGCUCUGUUUUUUAUUAAGUAAAUAUGUAUUUAGAAUGAUUGCUUUGCCUAUAGGUUAACAACUGAAUCCAGAUUUGAAGCUACAGAAAUUGAAGAUAAGAAGGAAAAUGUAAUCACGACCAAGAAGAAAACACAAAA